GCAGGGGGGGCGCGCGUGCGCGGUGCGGCCGGCGGGCGCGGCGGAGGAGGGGCUCGGCCGGGCACCGCCACGUGACCCCGCCGCCAUCUUCCUUCCUGGCGGACACUCCGAACGGCGGCGUCCCCGUCCCACUGCGCAGGCGCGGCCCAGGGCGCAGGCGCACGAGCUGGGGACGCGCGCCGCAGUCGAGCCGGGCGCGGUCUUUCCAGGUCCAGCCACGACAUGGCCACCGCCCUCCUAAGGAGAGUGGCCUCCGCCGUGGGCCCGCUGCUGCAGCUGGGGGGCCGCCCGCUUUCCGCGCUCGCGCAGGGCCCCCCGCGCGCCGGCCCUGCCGCUCACAGGCCCCCCGGCCUGGUCGCCGCGCUCCUCGCCGCGCGCCCGGCGCUCGGCCUGCAGCCCGCCCUGGGCUUCAAGACCAAGGGCGUCCUCAAGAAGCGCUGCAAGGGCUGCUACCUGGUGAAGAGGCGCGGGCGCUGGUUCAUCUACUGCAAGACCAACCCAAAGCACAAGCAGAGACAGAUGUAGAAGCCCUGCCCGGGAGACGGUGCUGCGUACGGAGAGGACAGUGGCACGUGAACACCCUGCAGCGUUCCAACGCGCAGACCCCCUGCGGCCUGGCCUGCGGCUCACCUCCUUGUGGCCCGGGAUCCGACCAAGGCAGAGCCCCACCUGGGACCGGGGCCCUCCUACCUCCAGUGUGAACUCAGCUGUGUUGGUGCUCUGGCGGGCAGAUGGGCGUCCGGUGGAGGGAAAGCUGGCUUUGUCCAGUCAGAGGGCAUGUUCUUCCAAGGCUGCCCUGUCUCUGUUCAGCCACACCCGCGCUGCAGCCUGUGGAUUCAGAUUCAUGUCCUCAGCAUUCCUGCCUCCAGGGUGAGCCGGGGAGGGCUGGAUAGCCAUCUGUAGGUCGCAGAAGAGUGAACUCGUUUAUACCUAUAUAAAUGUAUUUUGGACAUUGAUUAAAUCGUUUACCAUCCUU